AUGGAGCUAUUCGGAAGCAAUUUUGAUGACUCUGUAUUUUUGGAGGCGAAAGACAGAAGCUCCGUCUCAGUUUCUUCUUAUAAUGCGAAAACAUGCGAGCCGGAGUGGUUUGGCGAAAGUGCUGCUCUAGACACUGAAGAUUCUUUGGAGAAGCAGAAAAUCUUCAAGUUUAGAGGUGACCUUGCAACGUGGAAGGGAAAGUACCAGGCAGCCCUGGAUGCCUACAGCAGUUGCCUGGAGUGGGUCUCGGACAACAACUUGUCAAUCAGAAGAGAUAUUUUGGAAGGAAUGGCUCGAUGUUGCACCAAGCUUGGCCAGAGAGACAGAGCGAUGGCCUUAGUUGAUCUGCUAAGCAAAGAGGCCUCCAACACAUGUCAUCUGACCAGCCUGUUGCUGCUCAAGGUCACAGUCUACCAACAUUUCGGACUUGUGGGACCCUUGAUGUCGUCUCUGCAGGAGCUGUGUAGUCUGCUGCCUUUUAACCCCUGGAAUUGGCACAACCUGGGGAAGAUGUGUAUGCAUCGAUUGGAGCACGGCACAACCUUGAAGGCUGAAAGCAUUGAACCUGAUGCGCAACAUGAGGACUUUUCCAAGGAGAGACUGUGGCUGAAGGCCUGCAUGUGUUUCAUCAGGAUGAAACUCCUGCUAACAAUCCUACAACAACAGCAGUCGUCGUUUGUUCUGCGACGCAACCACAUUGCCAUCCAAACAGCAGAGGAAGCAUUAGCGCAUCUUCAUCCCAAUCAAACUACUCUGCUCAACCUCACUGAGGUAAUGUCAGAAGACCUGAAUCCUGAGAAGAUGAGGGAGGACUACCAAGACGGAAUGAGUCUGUCUAGUAUUUGUUUGCAGACUUUCCAAGAGCGCUGGUGGGACAAGAUCCUACUGAGUGGGGUUCUAGAGGCUGACAGAUGUGGCAGGCUGAGUGACUCCAAGUCGUGA